GGCCCCGACCCCCGCGGCGGCGCGGGCCGAGGAGCGCGGCCGGGAGGAUGUCGGCGGGCGGCCGCGACGAGGAGCGGCGGAAGCUGGCCGACAUCAUCCACCACUGGAACGCCAACCGGCUGGACCUGUUCGAGAUCAGCCAGCCCACCGAGGAUUUGGAGUUUCAUGGCGUAAUGAGAUUUUAUUUUCAAGAUAAAGCUGCUGGAAACUUUGCAACAAAAUGCAUUCGGGUCUCCAGUACGGCCACCACGCAAGACGUGAUCGAGACGCUGGCAGAGAAGUUCCGCCCUGACAUGCGGAUGCUGUCGUCCCCCAAGUACUCCCUCUACGAAGUGCACGUCAGCGGAGAAGAAAGAAGAUUGGAUAUAGAUGAGAAACCUCUGGUUGUGCAGUUGAAUUGGAAUAAAGAUGAUCGAGAGGGCAGGUUCGUUCUUAAGAAUGAGAACGAUGCCCUUCCACCUAAGAAGGCUCAGAGCAACGGACCUGAGAAGCAGGAGAAAGAAGGUGUUAUCCAGAACUUCAAGAGAACUCUCUCUAAGAAAGAAAAGAAGGAGAAAAAGAAGAGAGAGAAAGAGGCCGUGCGGCAGGCAUCUGAGAAAGAUGACAGGCCCUUCCAAGGGGAUGACGUCGAGAAUUCCCGGCUGGCUGCCGAGGUUUACAAGGACAUGCCUGAGACCAGCUUUACGCGCACGAUCUCCAACCCUGAGGUGGUCAUGAAGCGCCGGAGGCAGCAGAAGCUGGAGAGGCGGAUGCAGGAGUUCCGCAGCUCCGAUGGGCGGCCGGACUCAGGUGGAACACUGAGAAUUUACGCAGACAGUUUAAAACCAAACAUUCCCUACAAGACCAUCCUGCUGUCCACUACUGACCCUGCUGACUUUGCUGUGGCCGAGGCUCUAGAGAAAUACGGGCUGGAGAAGGAGAACCCCAAAGAUUACUGCAUCGCCCGGGUCAUGCUUCCUCCGGGAGCCCAGCACUCGGAUGAAAAAGGUGCUAAAGAAAUCAUCCUUGAUGAUGAUGAGUGUCCUUUACAGAUCUUCAGGGAAUGGCCAGGUGACAAAGGGGUAUUAGUCUUUCAGCUGAAGAGGAGGCCACCGGACUACAUCCCAAAGAAGACGAAGAAGCACGGCGACGGGAAGCUGAUGAAAGGGAAGGAAAGAGCCGAGGGCUCUGGCUAUGGCUCAGCUCUUCCUCCCGAGAAGCUGCCCUACCUUGUGGAGCUGAGCCCAGAUGGUUCUGACUCCAGAGAUAAGCCCAAGCUUUACCGCCUUCAGUUGAGCGUUACUGAGGUCGGGACAGAGAAGUUCGAGGAGAACUCCAUCCAGCUGUUUGGAUCAGGAAUUCAGCCCCAUCACUGUGACCUCACAAACAUGGAUGGGGUUGUCACUGUCACGCCAAGAAGCAUGGACGCCGAGACGUACGUGGAGGGACAGCGCAUCUCCGAGACCACCAUGCUGCAGAGCGGGAUGAAAGUGCAGUUUGGGGCGUCACACGUGUUCAAGUUUGUGGACCCCAGCCAGGACCACGCCCUGGCCAAGAGGCCUGUGGACGGAGGCCUGGCGGCCAAGGGCCCCCGACAGAAGCCUGGAAUUGUUCAGGAGACGACUUUCGACUUAGGAGGAGAUGUUCACAGUGGGGCAGCACUACCAACAAGCAAGAGCACCGCCAGGCUGGACGGCGACAGGGCGCCGGCUGCCCCCAGCACGGCCGAGCGCGGGACGGUGAGGCCCACGGUCAGACUGGAGCAGCAGGACCCCCGCAGGCACGACGGCAGAACUCAGGAUGCUCCUGGGCCUGAACUCAUACUGCCCGCAAGCAUUGAAUUCAGGGAAAGUUCUGAAGAUUCAUUUUUAUCUGCCAUUAUAAAUUAUACUAAUAGCUCUACAGUCCAUUUUAAGUUGUCACCUACAUAUGUAUUAUAUAUGGCAUGUCGGUAUGUAUUGUCAAGCCAGUACAGACCCGAUGUCAGUCCUACAGAGCGUACUCACAAAGUGAUUGCCAUAGUCAACAAGAUGGUGAGCAUGAUGGAGGGGGUGAUUCAGGAAGUAGACCAGGUUGAUCAGAAACAGAAGAAUAUCGCAGGGGCACUUGCUUUCUGGAUGGCCAAUGCAUCUGAGCUCCUCAACUUCAUUAAGCAGGACCGAGACCUUAGUCGAAUCACACUGGACGCCCAAGACGUUUUAGCACACUUGGUUCAAAUGGCGUUUAAAUAUCUGGUUCAUUGUCUUCAGUCAGAACUGAAUAAUUAUAUGCCGGCUUUUCUGGAUGACCCCGAAGAGAACAGUCUACAAAGACCAAAAAUAGAUGACGUCUUGCACACGCUCACGGGAGCGAUGUCGCUGCUGCGGCGGUGCAGGGUCAAUGCCGCUCUGACCAUCCAGCUCUUCUCUCAGCUCUUCCACUUCAUCAACAUGUGGCUCUUCAACAGACUGGUGACCGACCCCGAGUCGGGGCUGUGCUCUCACUACUGGGGGGCGAUCAUCCGCCAGCAGCUGGGACACGUGGAGGCCUGGGCAGAGAAGCAGGGCUUAGAGCUGGCAGCCGACUGUCACCUGAGCCGGAUAGUGCAGGCGACCACUUUGCUCACAAUGGAUAAAUACGCUCCUGAGGACACCCCAAAUAUAAACAGCACCUGCUUUAAGUUAAAUUCGCUGCAGCUUCAGGCCUUGUUACAGAAUUACCACUGUGCGCCUGAUGAGCCCUUUAUCCCCACGGACCUGAUAGAAAAUGUCGUGGCCGUGGCUGAAAACACGGCCGACGAGCUGGCGCGCAGCGACGGGCGGGAGGUGCAGCUGGAAGAGGACCCGGACCUGCAGCUGCCCUUCCUCUUGCCUGAAGAUGGCUAUUCCUGUGAUGUCGUCAGGAACGUCCCAAAUGGUUUACAGGAAUUCCUGGACCCUCUGUGCCAGAGAGGGUUUUGCAGGUUAAUUCCUCACGCACGUUCACCAGGUACUUGGACAAUAUAUUUUGAAGGUGCAGAUUUUGAGAGCCAUCUUCUGCGUGAGAACAUGGAGCUGGCUCAGCCUCUGCGGAAGGAGCCCGAAAUUAUCACUGUGACUCUCAAAAAGCAGAAUGGAAUGGGCCUCAGCAUCGUUGCGGCAAAGGGUGCUGGUCAAGACAAACUUGGGAUCUACGUCAAGUCUGUUGUAAAAGGAGGCGCCGCAGACGUGGACGGACGCCUGGCUGCCGGCGACCAGCUCCUCAGCGUGGAUGGACGGAGUCUGGUGGGACUCUCUCAAGAAAGGGCAGCGGAGCUCAUGACCAGGACGAGUUCCGUGGUGACGCUGGAGGCAGCCAGGCACGGGGCGGUUUUCCACGGCCUCGCCACGCUGCUCAGCCAGCCGUCCCCGCCCAUGCAGAGAGUUUCAGACCGCCGUGGCUCAGGUAAACCCCGACCAAAGAGUGAAGGUUUCGAGCUCUAUAACAGUUCAGCUCAAAAUGGGUCUCCCGAGAGCCCUCAGCUGCCGUGGGCAGAAUACAGCGAACUGAAGAGACUCCCUGGCGACGACAGGCUGACGAAGAAUCGGGCUGACCACCGCUCCAGCCCCAACGUGGCCAAUCAGCCUCCUAGUCCCGGAGGGAAGAGUGCAUAUGCCCCUGGAGCAGCCACUAAGAUCACGUCCGUCUCCACUGGAAACCUCUGCACUGAGGAGCAGGCGCCUCCCCCCCGGCCUGAAGCCUACCCCGUCCCCACCCAGACCUACACCAGGGAAUACUUCACGUUCCCGGCUGCCAGAUCCCAGGACCGCAUGGCUCCCCCUCAGGACCAGUGGCCGGGUUACGAGGAGAAGCCUCACGUGCACACCGAUGGCCUUCAGUCCGGAGCCACCAUCCAGCGUGUUACCCGCUCCCAGGAGGAGCUUCGGGAGGACAGAGCUUACCAACAGGAGCGCCAUCGACCGGAGGCCGUGCUGGAUCACAAGUCCGACAGCGACGUGUGGGCCCGCCCGAGCCCCUCGGCGGGCUCCAGCGCGUCCAGCCAGGAGCACCUGGACCCCUGCUCCAAGCCGGGCACCCCCGCCUCCACGCUGACCAAGAGCGGCCCCGGGCGCUGGAAGACGCCGGCCUCCGCGCAGCCCCUGCCGGCGGCCGCCCCGGCCACCCCGACAGACCUGCCGCCGCCGCCCCCUCCGCCCCCCGCGCACUACGCCGGGGACCUGGACGGGCUCCCCGCCGAGCUGCCCCAGCCGCCCGCUCCCGGCGGCCCAGUGGCCGGCGCCGAGCGGAGGAAGCGAGAGGAGCAGCAGCGCUGGUACGAGAAGGAGAAGGCGCGUCUGGAGGAGGAGCGGGACAGGAAGCGCCGCGAGCAGGAGCGCAGGCUGGGCCAGAUGCGCGGCCCGGCCCCGAACCCCGCGCCCUUCCCGCCGGCGGCCGGCCCGCACGCGAAGCCCGAGAAGGCCGCCCCGCCGCAGCGGCCGCAGGAGACCGUCAUCCGGGAGCUGCAGCCGCAGCAGCAGCCGCGCACCAUCGAGCGCCGGGACCUGCAGUACAUCACGGUGAGCCGGGAGGAGCUGCCCGCGGGGGACAGCCUGUCGCCCGACCCCUGGAAGCGCGACGCCAGGGAGAAGCUGGAGAAGCAGCAGCAGCUGCACAUCGUGGACAUGCUGAGCAGGGAGAUCCAGGAGCUGCAGGGCAAGCCCGAGCGCAGCGCCGAGGACGGCGACCGCCUGCGCAAGCUCCUGCUGGAGUGGCAGUUCCAGAAGCGGCUGCAGGAGUCCAAGCAGAAGGACGAGGACGACGAGGAGGAGGAGGACGACGACGUGGACGCCGUGCUGAUCACGCAGCGCCUCGAGGCCGAGCGCAGAGCGAGGUUACAGGACGAGGAGCGGCGGCGGCAGCGGCAGCUGGAGGACCUGCGCCGGCGGGAGGCGGAGGGGCGCGCCCGGCAGGAGGCGGAGGAGCGGACGAAGCGGGACGCCGAGGACAAGAGGCGACAGGAAGAAGGUUAUUACAGCCGCCUGGAAGCCGAGAGGCGCAGACAGCACGCGGAGGCCGAGCGCAGGCGGCUGGAGCCGGAGGGGCCAGGCCUGCGCAGACCUCCGCUGCCCCGGGGCUACGAGCCCCCGGCCCCGCCGCCCCCGGCCGCCGCCCCUCCUCCCCCGCCUCAGCGGACCGCCUCCUCCCUGCAGGCCCCGGCCCUGUCCCCAGACCCCCUGUACACCGCCAGGCUCGUUGCGUACCAGGAGGAGGAGGAGGAGGACCGCAGUCUGGCAGGACCAAACUCCUCCGUGGGAUCUGCCGGGGCAGUUGUCGGUGCCCGGGAUGGCUGCUGGGAUCCGAGAGAGAGGCUGGCGAAAAGCCACGAUGCAGAUUUACCUGGAAAUUCCGGAGCCCCUGAGAACUUGACCUUCAAAGAGCGCCAGCGGCUGUUCUCACAAGGUCAAGAUGUGUCCAAUAAAGUGAAAGCCUCUCGUAAAUUAACAGAACUGGAAAACGAACUGAACACCAAGUGAGACCAGGAAACGGCGCCCGUGCUUCGCCCAGCGUGCUGCCUGCGCGGCUUUGGAGGGUGGGCUCAGCGCGGCUUUGGAGGGUGGGCUCAGAGCAGAGAAGGCGGCGGCAUUUCUGCGUCCCAGGAGGGCUGUCUGGAAGCUGAGUGGGAUUUACAGAUAAUCCCGGUCCAAGAAGCUCUUUUGUUUUACCGAGAGAUUAUCAUUUAUACAAUGUAAACACUGUCUGAUUUCCUAAUUCUCUGACUCACCUGAAGAUAUGUGUUUUGUCUCUUUUCCCAGAGUCUGAGUUAGAAACGGGGAGCUGGCAGGGCAGGUGAGGGCAGUGGGACGUCUUCCCUGCUGGCCCCAGGGGGCGCGGAGAGGCCGCGUUCAUCCCGUGUCACAGCCUGGACCGUAAGGAUGGACGGGGAGCGGCCUGAGCCCCCAGGCCCUGUUUGCACUGUUCGGUGGUGACCGCAGGCGCGCCGCAGGGGGGCACGCACGGAGGACGCCCCACGCGUUUCGUCCAGCGCACGCGUGGGCCGGCCUCACUCGCCUUGCGUGUGGAGCCCAGACGCGGCCCGGACCCACGCGUCCUGGGAUGGAGGUGGUGCCCGCCCGAGGCCCUGCCCCCUCCUUCUGCACGGGGACGGCCCUCCCAGCAUAUUCUAAAUAGUUGAUUUUUAAACAUUCUCCAAAAAGGAAAUUCUGAGGGUUUGAACUUAGGAUAUUUUAUUUUUAUAAAUGCCAGGUUAUUGUUAGGCUAAUAAAUCAUUGGUGAUUUUGAAGAUGGCAGUCACGCUAGGAAGUUAAAAUUUCAGAUAUCGAGGGGAAUCUGUGAAAGGGUCUGCUUCACUGGGCGGCAUCCGUGUGGAUAGAAACACAGAUCGGGGGGUGGGGGGCUGGAGGGGGUCAGGAGUGACCUUUGAGCACAACCGUUGCUCAGAAAUUUUAAAUUUGGAGAGGAAAGAGUGACACCCAUGUCCUGUCUGGGAAAGAAGGUUCAAUGAUGUGGCUUCUGUGAUUUAAAUACUGUUAAGAGUGACUUGUGUGACGGUCGAAACUGGUUUUUCACAUCUGAUAGUUACUGAACUUUGAUCUGAUUACUGUGACCAGCGUCAUUUCUUCAGCUGUGAGCACACGGCCGGUGCGGAGGUUUCUGCUGUGUGAUGUGAGAGUGCUAAACUAUGUGGGGGCUGCGAGCGAAGCUUCUUUUUGACAAGUCCCUGCUAUGGGAUCUUGAGGGUUUCCUGCUCCAGAUUGUUCUUAGAAACACGUCUGUCAGGAGAACAUGCACACUUCCAAACAGCAGAGGGAGAGCCUUUGUAGCCUUAGCCAUCGCUGUCAUGAGCGCUGUAGGGCAAGCCCUUGCGGCGCAGGUGUAACUGUCUUUCAUGUCCGUCCGGGUUCUUACCUGGACGUGUGCUGUCACCGCUGCCCGCGUUGAAGGGGGUGACCGGGUGGUCUGUGCUCACGAAGCCCGCACUCGCUCUGCAGCACAGGGGACACAGGCCUCCCAGAGAGCUCGAGAACACCGGCCGCCUCACAGGGACGAGGUCACACUUUGUGUCACGGAGCAGACACCGAGGCCGCUGUCCCGGUAUCUGUAGAAGGACAGACACACCUCAGUACACGCACAUGCGUGUAAGUGCUCACAUGCAGGGGCGGGCGCGCGCGCGCGUGCGUGCGUGAGUGGUUGUAAAGCUGGAAAUGGGCGGGUUUGGCCGCCCGUGGUGACGAGGCCACAUGUGACCCGUGCUUCUCAUGACUGUGCUUCGCUGUGGAGACACCAGAUCUGCUGUACUUCCCAUUUCUACUGUAGCUCAUUUGCAAUCUAUUUUUAAUAAACUUUGUAUCUAUUUAAAAGCA